GAACAGUUCAGGACACGGGUGGUCAGUGUGCACGCAACAGGAACAGUUCAGGACACAGGUGGUCAGUGCACCCAGCGGGGAAAAUUCAGGCACGGGUGGUCCGUGAGCACAACAGGAACAGUUCAGGACACAGGCGGCUCCAGACAGGGAUGGACCAGCGGUCAGCGUUCCAGGGACAACCAGCGAUCAGCAGACAGUAAGCAGCUUCCCAGGGCACUCAGCAGAAGACAGCCUCCAGGGACACGC